GUUGACAUUAAUUGUACUUUUCAGUUCCUAGUUUACCGGAAAUUUAUUUGUUGUUAGUUAUUACAACGUUUAACAUUCUAAUUCUUAUAUAAAAUGUCGCACACGAUAUUACUGGUACAGCCGGGUUCUAAUCCAGAAACCAGAACCUACUCGGAUUAUGAGUCCGUUAACGAAUGCAUGGAGGGAGUGUGCAGGAUAUACGAGGAGCACUUGAAAAGGCGCAAUCCGAAUACCCCAACAAUCACCUACGAUAUAUCGCAACUAUUUGACUUCGUAGAUCAGCUUACAGAUUUGAGUUGCUUGGUGUAUCAAAAGUCUACGAACACUUAUGCUCCCUACAACAAGGAUUGGAUAAAAGAGAAGAUUUACAUAUUGCUGAGGCAAGCGGCUGGCCAUGAGGUUUAAGUUACACAUGUUCUUAUAAUUUAAUUAGGUUUACUUUUUUAAGCUAUCCGUUAAGUUCGCUAUCAAUAAAUUUUCGAAAUCUUGAAAAGCUCGUC